AAUUCAUUUGUGUACCUCAAAGACUGUUUUACCAAGGCUUAAUUAAAAGUCAUUAUGAAGGUGAUUCUUGUUUAGAUACUUUGACAGUGCAAGAGGAUAAGAUGGUACAAUAUAAAUGUAAUAUUGAGGCGAAAGAGCACCUUGAAUUUCAAGUAUCAAAUUAG